AUGGGCAGUCGUCGUGAAGGCGGGAAUGCAACCAUUUUGGGAGUCGGCAAAGCUGUUCCAUUGCACGAGUUUCAACAGAAUUCAUUCUCUGAUUACUAUUUUGAGAUUAGCAGAAGCAAUCACAUGGUGGAUUUGAAGGCAAAGUUUGCAAACAUUUGUGAGAAGACCAUGAUCGAGAAGCGACACUUUUACAUGUCCGACGAAAUGUUGAGGGAAAGCCCGUCCAUCACGGCGUACUGCUCCCCUUCCCUCACCCGCCGGCAGGAGCUCGCCGAUGUGGGCGUACCCGAGCUCGGCGUGGAGGCGGCACGCAAGGCCAUGAGUGACUGGGGCAAGGAGGCCUCCGACAUCACCCAUCUCGUGGCCAGCACGUCAAGCAGCGGCUGCAUGCCUGGCGCAGACUGUGUGCUCGCCAGGCUCCUCGGCCUCAGGCCAUCGACCAAGCGCUUUAUGCUGUACCAGACCGGCUGCCACGGUGGCUGCACCGCCCUUCACCUAUCCAAGGACCUUGCGGAGAACAACCCCGGCGCCCGGGUGCUUGUGGUAUGCACCGAGGUGUGCACCCUGUCGCUUCGAGGCCCCUCGGCGUCCCACAUGGGGGACCUCGUCGGCCAGGCCAUCUUGGGUGACGCCGCCGGUGCUGUUGUGGUGGGCUGCAACCCCACCGCCGAAGAGCACGCCAUGUUUGAGCUUGUGAUGGCGUGUCAAGAGACCGUGCCGGGGACGGAGGAGGCCUUGGUGUCCAAGCUCCGGGAGGAAGGGAUAGUGUACACCCUGGACCGAGACAUACCCCGGCAUGUGUCCGGUUCCGUGGAGAGGUUGGUGGAGCUUGUGCUGCAGGAGGCCACGGUGCCCGUUCCAGACUUGAACGAGGAGGUCUUCUGGGUGGUGCAUCCAGGUGGACGGGGCAUACUGGACAGGAUUGAGAGCAAGCUGGGGCUGGGGGAGAAGAAGCUGGCGGCGUCAAGGGCCGUGAUGAGGCAAUAUGGCAACACAAGGUGUUCCUCUGUCAUCCUAGUUUUGGAAGAGAUGCGGCGGAUGUCGGAGCAGCUGGGUCUGCGCACGGUGGGUGAAGGCCUCGACUGGGGACUCCUCGUUGGCUAUGGCCCAGGCAUCACCGUCGAAGCUAUCAUACUCCACGCGCUGCCAAACAAAUUGAAACCAUAG